AUCGACCGAUCCAAAUCCGCGGCGGCGCACGCUCUCAAGAGCCUCAAGUUCAUCUCCAAGACCGACGGCGCCGCCGGCUGGGCCGCCGUCGAGAAGCGCUUCGACGACCUCGCCGUCGACGGCGCCCUCCACCGCUCCCGCUUCGGCCAAUGCAUCGGGAUGAAGGAGUCGAAGGAGUUUGCGGGGGAGCUCUUCGACGCGCUCGCGCGGCGGAGGAACAUAACCGGCGACUCGAUCACGAAAGCGGAGCUGCGGGAGUUCUGGGACCAGAUCUCCGACCAAAGCUUCGACUCUCGGCUUCAGACGUUUUUCGACAUGGUGGACAAGAACGCUGACGGGAGGAUAACGGAACAGGAGGUUAAAGAGAUCAUCUCUCUGAGUGCGUCGGCGAACAAAUUGUCCAAGAUUCAGGAACAAGCAGAAGAGUACUCCCGACUCAUCAUGGAAGAGUUAGACCCCAACAAUCUCGGCUACAUCGAGAUAUACAAUCUGGAGCUGCUUCUGCUGCAAGGGCCGAGCCAGUCGGUGCGGGGCGGGACGACGAACAGCCGGAACCUGAGCCAGAUGCUGAGCCAGAACCUGCGGCCGACGCAGGAGCCGAACCCGAUCCGGCGGUGGUGGCAGAAGGCCAAGUACUUUUUGGAGGACAACUGGAAGAGGGUGUGGGUCAUGGCCCUCUGGCUCAGCAUCUGCGCGGGCCUCUUCGCCUGGAAGUUCAUCCAGUACCGCCACCGCGCCGUCUACCACAUCAUGGGCUACUGCGUCUGCACCGCCAAGGGCGCCGCCGAGACCCUCAAGUUCAACAUGGCCCUCAUUCUCCUCCCCGUCUGCCGCAACACCAUCACCUGGAUCCGCAACAAGACCAAGCUCGGCUACGCCGUCCCCUUCGACGACAACCUCAAUUUCCACAAGGUGAUUGCGGUGGGGAUUGCGGUCGGGAUCGGGCUGCACGCGAUAACGCACCUGACGUGCGACUUCCCGCGGCUGCUGCACGCGAGCGACCAGGCGUACGUGCCGAUGCGGCCCUUCUUCGGGGACACGCGGCCGAACAACUACUGGUGGUUCGUGAAGGGCACGGAGGGGUGGACAGGGAUCGUGAUGGUGGUGCUGAUGACCAUCGCGUUCACGCUGGCCACGCCCUGGUUCCGCCGCGGCCGCCUCAACCUCCCCAAGCCCUUGAACCGCCUCACCGGCUUCAACGCCUUCUGGUACUCCCACCACCUCUUCGUCAUCGUCUACAUCCUCCUCAUCAUCCACGGCACCUUCCUCUACCUCACCCACGAGUGGUACAAGAAAUCGACGUGGAUGUAUCUGGCGAUCCCGAUGAUCCUGUACGCGUGCGAGCGGCUGACGCGCGCGCUGCGGUCGAGCGUCCGACCCGUGAAGAUACUAAAGGUGGCCGUGUAUCCGGGGAACGUGCUGGCCCUCCACAUGUCGAAACCUCAGGGGUUCAGAUACCGGAGUGGGCAAUACAUGUUCGUGAAUUGCGCGGCGGUCUCCCCCUUCCAAUGGUAUUCUUAUGUUGUUAUUACGGCCCCACAGGACGAUUAUUUGAGCGUGCACAUACGCACUCUGGGCGACUGGACCCGCCAACUUAAAGCCGUUUUCUCCGAGGUGUGCCAGCCACCAACCGGAGGGAAAAGCGGGCUCCUGAGGGCGGACUACGACAGCAUCGGAAAUGGACCAAACCCAGCAGGGAUGCCGCGGGUGCUGAUCGACGGGCCGUACGGGGCGCCGGCGCAGGACUACAAGCAGUACGAGGUGGUGCUGCUCGUCGGCCUCGGGAUCGGCGCGACGCCCUCCAUCUCGAUCCUCAAGGACAUCAUAAACAACCUCAGGCAGCUCGAAUCUCAGAGCAGCAGCAACAACAAUGUCGGCGGCGGCGGCGAUGAUCACGACGAUGGUAGUAGUAAUAGUAACAAUACCAACAGCAAUGACAAUGAUGGUAACGACGACUUGGAGAGCGGGGGGAGGAGGGCGGCAGCGGCGGCAGCGUCGUCGUUCAGGACGCGGCGGGCGUACUUUUACUGGGUGACGCGAGAGCAGGGGUCGUUCGAGUGGUUCCGCGGGGUGAUGAACGAGGUGGCGGAGAACGACAAGAAGGGGGUGAUCGAGCUGCACAACUACUGCACGAGCGUGUACGAGGAGGGGGACGCCCGGUCGGCGCUCAUCGCCAUGCUGCAGCAGCUCAACCACGCCAAGCACGGCGUCGACGUCGUCUCCGGCACCCGCGUCAAGUCCCACUUCGCCCGCCCCAACUGGCGCAACGUCUACAAGCGCAUCGCCCUCAACCACCGCGACCAACGCAUCGGAGUAUUUUAUUGUGGGGCACCGAUGCUAACGAACGAGCUGAGGCAACUCGCGCAUGAUUUCUCAAGGAGGACCACAACAAAGUUCGAAUUCCACAAGGAGAACUUUUAAAAAUUUUAUAAAUCAACACUCCCCCAGCCUUUUUCUUUAUUUAUCUGUACCACCUACAUAUAUAUAUAUAUAUAUAUAUAUAUAUAGAGCACGUCCUUUAUUAGAUUAAAAAAAAACAAAUUAGCAAAAAGCAGGCAUGAAUCCAUCGCAACCGUUGGAUCAGUAUUCAGAUUAAUCCCCUUUGUACAGAGCCCCACGUACCCUGCUAUAAGUCUAUGUAGACACACUAUAGGAAUAUACUAGACUAGAAUUUUCUAUUUACGUCCCUUGAUAUUCCCUUCUUAAGUAUGAAAAAAAAAAAAAGAGAAAAAAAAUCAUGGGAAAGGGUGGGUUAAAUAGCUUAUAGCUUAGAGCACUCUACACCAUCCGGAGGCUAACUAUAGGAUUAGAAGGUCAUGAUUGAGCUCCUACGACCCAGGCUAGGGUUUAUAUACUCUCCCUUUUUUGUUUUCUUUUUUUCUUUUUUCUUUUUCGUGUGGGCUAUGUUAUCCUUGUAGUGGUGAUUGUGUGACAUAUAUAUAUAUAUGUAUGCGGCAAAUAUGGGUACCUAUACGCCGCCAAUAAAUGUGCAAAUGUUUGCAAGGUUCACCACUGCUUCACUUAUGCGUUAA